AUGAGUAACUUAAUGUCAAAGCUAAUUUCUUCUCAACAAGUUGCACACAUCAAAGGCAAAUGCAUUCAAGAGAAAAUUCUUCUAGCUUCUGAUAUGGUAAAUGAGAUGAAAAAGAAAAGAAGGGGUGGAAAUGUGGGGCUAAAAUUAGAUAUUUCACAGGCAUAUGAUUCAAACUGGGAAUUCCUUCUGAAGGUACUAAGUAAAUAUGGAUUUUCCAAUUCUUGGUGUGAAUGGCUACAUACUAUUUUUAAGUCAGCAAAGAUCUCAGUCAUGAUCAAUGGAGGUACUCAAGGUUUCUUCUGUACUGAAAGGGGUUUAAGACAAGGAGAUCCCUUGUCACCAAUUCUUUUUGUCUUGAUGGAGGAUGUUGUAAGCAGAAAUUUAACUCAAAUGGUGCAAAAUGGAGAUAUUGAACCCAUGGUUAUUAGAAAAGGUCAAUUGAUCAACACAGCAAAGAGCAAACUUUUUAUUGAAGGCACUACAUCUGUCAGAAAAAUUCAGAUUCAGCAAAUGAUACAGAUGGAUAUCAGUAGCUUCCCAGACAAAUACCUUGGAAUUAUUCUUCAUCCUGGUAGAGUUAAAGCUUCCACAAUAUGGCCAAUGGUGGAGAUGAUGCAAAAGAAGCUAGCAGCUUGGAAGGGAUUAGCAGGAUUUGGGGUUGUAGUCAGAGAUCAUUUGUGUCAGGUAAUCUGCACUCUAACUGGAGGUUUGGGGAUUACCACUAAUUACAUUGCAGAAGUCUUUGCUAUAACUUGUGCUGCUGAAUUAGCUGUUGAAUGGAAACUUGGGAACAUAAUCCUCAUCUCAGAUUCUCAAACAGUCAUAAAUGAAUUUACUUCUGGUAAAAUUCCUUGGUUCAUUAAAAAUGAGAUGGAGAAGACCAGCUAG